CAACUGAACUCCUAUUUUUCUUCCACGGCGGACGCAACGACAGGCGAUUGAGACAUCCGUGCACUGCAAGUAAUCUUCUCCCAACGCAUUUGUCUCAUCACGAAGCCUUAUCUCUCCUCUUUAGAGAUUCGAACGUGAAAAUCUGCUCUGGAUUUGUUGAUUUCGGUGCUUUGACUUUUACGCUGUGGAUAGGAUACGAUUAAUUUUACUCAUUUGGUAAUUUGAUGCCAUGCUCGGGAACGGAGUUGUUGGGAUUCUAUCUGAGUCUUGUAACAAGUGGGAAAGAAGGGUGCCUCUAGCACCAGAACACUGUGCUCGACUUCUGCAUGGAGGAAGGCAGAAAACUGGAAUAUCUCGUAUAAUUAUUCAGCCAUCAACCAAACGCAUCUAUCAUGAUGCUCAAUACGAGGAUGUAGGCUGUGAAAUUUCUGAGGAUUUAUCAGAAUGCGGUCUCAUUCUGGGUGUCAAACAACCCAAGCUGGAAAUGAUUCUUCCUGAUAGAGCAUAUGGCUUCUUCUCCCACACUCACAAAGCGCAAAAGGAAAACAUGCCUUUACUAGAUAAGAUAUUAUCAGAAAAGGCAUCAUUAUAUGAUUAUGAGCUUAUAGUUGGAGAUCACGGGAAAAGGUUACUUGCAUUUGGAAAAUUUGCUGGCAGAGCUGGAUUUAUAGACAUUUUGCAUGGAUUAGGACAGAGAUAUUUGAGCCUUGGAAUUUCCACUCCGUUCCUGUCGCUGGGUAUGUCAUACAUGUAUCCAUCCCUGGCUGCUGCAAAGGCUGCAGUGAUAUCUGUGGGCGAGGAGAUUGCAACACAGGGCUUGCCACCGGAGAUUUGUCCGUUGGUCAUUGUGUUUACUGGUUCAGGAAAUGUUUCUCAUGGAGCACAAGAAAUUUUCAAGCUUCUUCCUCACACUUUUGUGGACCCGAGUAAACUUCCAGAAAUUUGUGGGAAGAAUGUGGAACUUCGCCAACAUGGAGCAACAAAAAAGAGGGUCUUCCAAGUAUUUGGUUGUGUUGUGAGCUGCCAACACAUGGUUGAGCACAAAGAUUCCACAAAAAAAUAUGAUAGAGUUGAUUACUAUGCUCAUCCAGACCAAUAUAGACCUAUAUUCCAUGAAAGGAUAGCUCCAUAUGCUUCUGUUAUUGUAAAUUGCAUGUAUUGGGAGGGAAGAUUUCCACGGUUGCUGACCACCUUGCAGUUUCAAGAUCUAAUGAGAAGCGGAUGCCCUCUUGUUGGAAUUUCAGAUAUAACUUGUGAUGUAGGGGGUUCAAUAGAAUUCAUUAAUCAGACAACGUCAAUCGACUCUCCUUUCUUCCGAUAUGAUCAUAUUAGUGAUUCGUACCACCAUGAUUUGGAAGGCAAUGGUGUGAUAUGUUCAGCUGUUGACAUUCUUCCAACAGAGUUUGCCAAAGAGGCCUCCCAGCAUUUUGGAGACAUCCUAUCGACAUUUGUUGGCAGUCUUGCCUCUGUGGUUGACAUUCUAGAGUUACCCAUGCAUUUGAGGAGAGCCUGCAUAGCUCAUAGAGGGGCACUAACCUCCUUGUAUGAAUAUAUUCCACGUAUGCGGAAGUCUGAAUCUGAAGAAUCUUCUGUGGAUAUUGCCAAUGGCCACUCCAACAAAAUGUUCAAUAUACAGGUGUCUCUGAGUGGCCAUUUGUUCGAUCAAUUUCUAAUAAAUGAGGCCUUAGAUAUUAUUGAAGCAGCUGGUGGCUCAUUUCACUUGGUUCACUGUCAAGUGGGCCAGAAUGCAAAUGCUAUGUCACACUCAGACCUUGAAAUUGGUGCUGAUGAUAUAGGGAUUUUGGAUAAGAUCAUUCACUCUCUAAGUCGGAUGGCUAAUCCACAAGAAAAUCUUGAUCUCGUAAAUAAUGAGACAAACAAGAUUUUUCUUAAGGUUGGUAAGAUUCAAGAGAGUGGCUUUAAAAGUGAAGAUGUAAAAAGGAAGACUGCUGUUUUACUUCUUGGAGCAGGUCGGGUUUGUUAUCCAGCUGUUGACCUCCUAGCAUCAAGUGGAAAUUCAUGUUGUCAGUUCUGGAAAACUUUUCUUGAACAGUAUGCUGAAGAUUGGAAUGAUAUUGAAGUAAUCGUUGCUUCUCUCUACCUAAAGGAUGCAAAAGAGAUAACUGAAGAUAUCGCUAAUGCAACAGCUGUUGAGCUUGAUAUUACGGAUUCUGAGAAACUUUUUAUGUAUAUCUCACAGGUUGAAGUUGUUAUAAGUCUGCUUCCACCCAGUUGCCAUCUUACUGUAGCAAAUGCAUGUAUUGAGCUUAGGAAGCAUUUAGUCACUGCUAGCUACAUUAAUGAUGCCAUGACAUUGCUAGAUGAAAAGGCUAGGAAUGCUGGUAUAACAAUUCUUGGGGAGAUGGGUCUGGAUCCUGGAAUAGAUCAUAUGUUAGCAAUGAAGAUGAUCAAUGAGUCACAUCUCCAAAAUAGGAUAGUAAAGUCCUUUAUGUCAUACUGUGGGGGAAUUCCAUCUCCAGAAUCAGCAAACAAUCCAUUGGCAUAUAAAUUCAGUUGGAAUCCUGCUGGGGCUAUUCGAGCUGGAAGCAAUCCAGCUACAUACAAAUACGAAGGAAAAACAGUAAAAGUUGAAGGAAAGGAUCUUUAUGACUCUGCUGUGAGACUACGCUUACCUGACCUUCCAGCUUUUGCUUUGGAGUGCAUUCCAAAUCGAAAUUCCUUAAUUUAUGGGGAUGUAUAUGGCAUUGGGCAUGAGGCAUCAACCAUAUUUCGAGGAACCCUACGCUAUGAAGGUUUUAGCGAAGUGAUGGGAACCUUGGCAAGAAUUGGAUUUCUAGACGCAGAAGUUCAUUCCUUUCUUAGGAACGGGAGACCACUGUUUCGAGAUUUCUUGCUUGAGCUUCUCAAAAUUAAGGGAGUCUCGAGUGGCUCCACCAUUGGAGAGAAGGCCAUCAGUGAGAGCCUUAUUUCAAGUGGACUAUGUAAGGUGCAAGAAACUGCUGUAAAAGUAGCCAAAACAAUCGUAUUCUUAGGACUUCAUGAGCCAACAGAGAUUCCUUCAUCUUGCCAAAGUGCAUUUGAUGUUACCUGUUACAGAAUGGAAGAAAGGUUAACCUACUCGAAAAAUGAGCAGGAUAUGGUACUUCUACAUCAUGAAAUACAAGUAGCAACACCAGAUGAUCAACAAACUGAAUGUCGCAAGGCCACGUUACUAGAAUUCGGGACGACGAUGAAUGGAAAGAGCACCAGUGCAAUGGCUCUUACUGUUGGUAUUCCAGCUGCUAUUGGGGCUUUGCUUUUACUGACAAACAAAAUCAAGACUCGUGGAGUUUUAAGGCCCAUUGAAUCUGAAGUUUAUAUUCCAGCCUUGGAUCUUUUACAAGCAUAUGGUUUCAAACUAACAGAGAAGGUUGAAUCCUAGCUUUGGUUCUUUCUCACAAUAAUAAAGGGUACAAUCACCUAGCAAAGUAAUAUAGUAAUAAAUAACUAAAAUCCUACUAUAGUAACAUGGAAAUCAAUUAUCAUCUUGAUCUAAUACUCAAAAACAACCCUCAAAAAUUAUUUAUAUGUGGCCGUUACACUAGAAUCUCAUCAGAAAAUUUUGAUCUCUAGCAAUUGUAACGCUAAAAUCUAUCAAUAGAGUUUCUAUCGAUACUAGUCCUCUAGCAUUGAAACUCAUUUCAUGUAAUCUCUUCAAACUAAAGCUUUCAAAGUCGUAGGAUCUUUUUCUCUGUUAGAGAAUUUCCUCUAA